AUGGCCCACGUGCACUUCAUCCACACGCCCAAGCUGGUCGGUGGCGCCUCGGGGAGUGGAACCAACUACUUCACACUCAAGUACUUCGACCAGGACGCUACCUUAGCUCAGAGUCCGCAGACGUACAAGCAUAUGGCGUGUGAUGUUGCUAUUCUCGAGCGCGUGUUCGAGAUCGGCCCGGGCUUCCGUGCUGAGACCUCGAACACGCACCGUCACAUGUGCGAGCUCGUGGGUCUGGAUCUGGAGAUGACUAUUAAGGCGCACUACCACAAGGUGCUCACAGAGAAAGAGAAGUGGCUGGGUCGUCUCAUCAAGGAGAAAUACGACACAGAUUUCUACAUCCUCGACAAGUUCCCGCUGGCUGUGCGUCCGUUCUACACGAUGCCAGACCCGACGGACAAGCGUUGGAGCAACUCGUACGACAUGAUGAUCCGAGGCAAGGAGAUGGUCUUGUGUGCUCAGCAUGUGCACGAUCCCAAGCUGCUGAUGGAGCGUAUGGACGAACUGGGUGUGCCUCAGGAGUCGAUGCGCAACUACAUCUACUCUCUCCGUCUUGACUCUCUACCCCACGGUGGCGGUGGUAUUGGUCUGGAGCGUGUGGUCAUGUUGUACUUGGGUCUGGGCAACAUCAGCGGGUACAGGUUCUGGAUCGUCAUUGCGGCUCACGACACAGCCUACAUGAUCACACAGCCAUAG